AUGGUACUCGGAACACACUCUUCACAUUUAUUAGAACCAUUCAAAAUUAUUGGAUUGGUUACUAAUCAUGUCGUACCUGCCAUUAGUUUUCAAUCCAAUACUUCCGAUGACUCUGAUUUAAUUGAUGAUGCAUUGAUUUAUUGUUCUAUUGGAAAUACAUUUUAUGCCUAUGGGUUAAAAUCUCUCAUUCAUAUUGACAUUGGACCUCAAUUACCCUCUCCAAUUUCAUACAUGCUUGUCGAACGACAAUCUUCGUUAACUUCCAAUGCAAGUACUGCACAUCCUACUCAACGUGAUAUUCUCUAUGUGUGUUGUGAAGAUUCAUCGAAAAUCUAUGUUCUCAGAGGUGCCAGAGAAUUAAUUACCAUUCUUGAUACUUCUAUUCAUCACAAGUGUGGAAAACUUGUUCAAUUGUUAAAGAUUGGACAAUAUCUAUUAGUGUGUUUUGAACAUGUAAUUUCCAUAUAUGAUACCUUUGAGUUACAAGAUUCAUUUGUGAAUGCAUUUGAAUUACCACAAGAUUGUACAUUGAAUUGUGCUUGUCAUUUACAAACUUAUUUAGAUAAGAUUAUUAUUGGAUGUAAAGAAGGUCAUUUCCUAUUAUUUAAUUUUAGAGUUGGAAAGGAAAUUUUUAGAUUUGAAAAACAUUUGAAAUAUUUUGAAUCUUUACAAGAACCAUCAUCCUCUUCAUCCUCUCAUGAAUCAUCACUAUUACACUCUUUAUUGAAUACAGUGAAUAGUAGUAAUUCCUCUAGUACUCCCUCAAUCUCUCAAAUUACAUGCCUCAAACCAUCACCUGCUCUUGAUGUCAUUGCGAUUGGAACUUCAUGUGGUCAUGUCAUCUUGUAUCAUGUCAAGUAUGAUCAUAUUUUGAAUGUGUAUAAACAAAAUGGACCAGUGAGUGCCAUUUCAUUUAGAAGUACAUCUACUAGUACUACUACUAAUACUACUAAUACUAAUACUAAUGACAGUACUAUUACUGACAUGACUAGUAUGAAUUCAAAUAACAUGAAUUCCAAGCAAUACAAAGAAUCUUCUCAUUUCAUCCAUUCUGAACAUGUCAUGGCCACUGGUAAUCAUUGUGGAGAAGUAUCCUUAUGGGAUCUCAAUUCACAUCAAAUCAUUCAUAGAAUUAAGAAACAUGAUCGACAUGGUCAAAUCAUGACAUGCUGUGAGUUCUUACCAGGUGAACCAUUUAUGGUCACUUGUAGUAGUGAUAAUGUCAUGACUUUGUUAGCCUUUGAUCGUGUUGAUAAACCACGUGAAGUGGUGUGUCGAAUGGGACAUAAGAAGUGUCCAAAAAUAAUUCGAUUCUAUGAUCCAAUGGGUCAUUUCAUUGUAACGGGUGGUGUGGAUGGUCAAAUUCGAGUGACAUCCUUGUUAGAUCCACGUGAAUCCAAACAAAUCUCUCAACAACAAAAUUCCCAUUUAUGGAAAUCAAAUAAUUCUCAAAUGCCAGCAAUUACAGAUAUGGAUAUUUGUUAUUUGAGACAAGAUGAUUGGAAUAACUUGGCAUGUUGUCAUUCUAAUUUAAAUAGUGUUACGUUAUGGAAUGUUAAAUAUUUGAAAUCGGAUUCUGAAACUCUAUACAAACCAGAAUUGAAAUAUGGAUUACCUCAAUCUGUUGCUCUUUCCAUAUGUGGUAAUUAUGCAGUCGUUGGAACCAAUAAGGGUUAUUUAGAAAAGUGGAUUAUUCAAUCAAAAAAGAUGAAACAUUUAUAUUAUCAUCAUGAAGAGAAGGAACGUUCAAUUGAAAUUCGUAAAGUUUAUGACUUUAAAGGAAGACAAAAGACUCUGAAACAAAUCUCGAAUACGACCAUGAUGACUUUUGGUAGUCAUUCACUCACAGCACAUUCCUCUCCCAUCAAUUCUGUUAUUAUUGAUAACACCAACACAAAAGUGUGUAGUGGUGGACAUGAUGGUCUAUUGAAAGUAUGGAAAUUUGAAAACAAGACUCCAAACCAUUCGAGUCAUCUUUUGAAUGAAAUUAUGAAUGGAGUGGAAUCCACUACUAAGGGAAAUGGUUCAAAACAUUCACUCUCAACAGAUCAACUAUUGGCUAGUUUUGAUUUGAAAUCACCCAUUUUGAAAAUGGUUAAAUCCAAACACUCUGCAAGUGCUAAUUUUGUGAGUGUCGCAUGUGAGAAUUUCUCCAUUCAUGUAUUUGAUAUGAAUACAUGUAAAUUAAUUCGUUCUUUCCAUGGACAUCAUAUCAAUAAGAUUAAUGAUAUGUGUUUCACUCAUGACAAUAGAUAUUUAAUAUCAUGUGGAAGUGAUAAUUACAUUUUAAUCUAUGAUAUUUUGACAGGUCAAUUAAUUGAUUGGUUAUCUUUACCAAAGGCAGCAACCAGUGUUGAUUUCCAUCCAGAAGGGUUAUAUCUUGUGACCACUCAUGUAAAUUCUGUUGGAAUUUGUUUGUGGGCCAAUAAGACUAUAUUUGGUAAUGCUCUAUUACAAUCGGUGAAUGCGCCCAAAUAUGUAUCGUUGCCAUUCAGUGGAGAUUCAUUGAUGGUUACAGAGAGAACUGAUGUAUCAUCAUUGAAUAUUGAUAAUCAACAGAACGAGCGUCAAAGUGAAUCGUUACAAAAGAGAAAACGAGCCUUUAAAAUUCUCUCCAAAGUGGAUGAUUGGAUGAAAGAAUCCAUGAAUGAAAAGAAUGAAGAAUCGACCAUGACCGACGACAGUAGUAGUGAUGAUGACGAUGAUGAAAGUGAAUCUUCCAUGAUGACUUUGAGUCAGAAACAACAAAAACAAAUGGACACGUAUCCAAUUCAAGAACCUUCUCAUUUCAUCAAAUUAUCUGGACUUGCCAAAUACAAAUGGCAUUCUCUCACUCAUUUAGAUGAGUUAAGAAAAAAGAACAAACUUGAUCCAAAGAAACAAUCCAUUCCAGAAUUGGAUGAUUUUGAUUCAGUCAAUCGUAUUACUCCAUUCUUUAUUCCUACUCAACCUAGUUUAAGUAAGAAUAUUCAAUUUACGAAAAAGAAGAAGGAAGAGGAGGAUUACAAGACGAGUCAUCUCUUAUCCUCUAAUAACAACACAAUGAUGAAUCCACUCAUUGCCAUGAUCAAACAAGAUCAAGAGAAUUCUUCUUAUUCCGCAACCAUGAAAUAUAUUAAGGACUCGAGUAUCAAACAAUUGGAUUUGAAUAUUCGUACACUCUCUGCAUUUAAUAAUUAUGAAGAGUACAAAUUAUUAUUGGAAUUCUUUUUACAUUUCGUUCAAGAAGAAUUUACAGAUUUUGAUCUCAUUCAAGCCUUGAUGAAUUUAUUUUUCCAAAUCCAUUCUGAUGUGUUGGUCGAGGCUAUUCGUGAAGAUUCUGAAAUUCGUCAAUUCAUUGAAAGACUUUCUCAUGCCAAUCGAGUAGCAUUUGAACCAUUGGAUGAAAUGAACAAGUACAAUCAAUGUAUGAUUGAUUACAUGUCCUUUGGAGGAGUUUUUAUUUAA